GCUCUCGGUCUAUCUUUUUUAGUAGUAGUCGGCAGUACCGCAACGAAAAAUGAAACAACAUUUCACAUUUUCAGAAAACACAACUCAUAUGUUACGCGCUAUUUAAUUUGUAUAAUCAAAAAUUUAUUUAUUUAAUUUAUAUAACAAAAAAGUAAAUAAUGAUAAAGCAUUUAAUUGUUAUAAGUUUAUUGCUGGGGCGAGCAUUUUUAUUAGAUUGCGGUUGUGACAAAGCGAAUCGAGAAGCAAAUAAGGAUUCCGCAAAAAACGUCAUAAAUAAAAUCGAAGAAAUAUUGGAAAAAGCCGACGAUGCUACAACAAAAGUAUGCCAGCAACAACACACAAAUAGAAAAAAUAAACAUUACCGAGAUUAUUAUCCAGAACCCGUUUAUGAUGAUAUGUCACUUAUACCAGGUGGUGAAUACGUGGUCGGUACGAAUGAACCGCAUUUUCCCGAAGACAAUGAGUCGCCAGAGCGAACUGUGAUAACUAAAGAUUUUUACAUGGACAAGUAUGAAGUAUCGAAUCAAAAAUUUUGGGAAUUUGUUAAAGCUAGUAAUUAUACUACAGAAGCAGAAUUUUUCGAAGAUAGUUUUCUCUUCAAGUCCCUUCUAACUGAAGAAGAGCAAGAAAAGCUGAAAGACUAUAGAGUGGCAAAUGCUUUAUGGUGGUUUAAAGUGCGAGGGGUCAAUUGGAAGCGUCCAAUCGGUGUAAAUAGUAAUUUAGCUGGUCUAGAGCUACAUCCUGUUGUCCAUGUAUCAUGGAAUGAUGCAAUGGCCUAUUGUCAGUGGGCUGACAAACGUUUGCCUACCGAAGAGGAAUGGGAAGUUGCUUGUAGGGGAGGUAAAAGUCGUAAACUCUUCCCUUGGGGCAAUAAACUAAUGCCUAAAGAGCAAUACUGGCUUAAUAUUUGGCAAGGUGAAUUUCCAGAUACUAACACCGAGGAAGAUGGCUAUGCCACCACGUGUCCUGUAAAUAAGUUUCCACAAAAUAUUUAUGAAAUGCACAAUAUAGUGGGCAACGUUUGGGAAUGGACACAGAAUUUAUGGAAUGCAAAGGAUGAUAACAAUGCCAAUCCAAGUCGCGUCAAGAAAGGAGGAUCAUAUUUAUGUCAUAAGACGUAUUGCUAUCGCUACAGGUGCGCAGCUCGUUCGCAAAAUACCGCCGACAGUUCUGCAGGAAAUUUAGGUUUCAGAUGUGCUAAGGAUUUGGAAUAGUACAAAUGUCCUUUUAAAAAA